AUGAGUCCCUAUUCAAGAAUUCUAUCCCGUUUCUUCGAGUUCUUGGCCCUCUUUUCAAUCCUCAGAAAAGCCGAAGGCCCUCAUGUCAUCAUAAACUACAACUUGUCGACUUUGGAAGCCACCCGCCGCAGAUUUCUGAGGAACCUCUGCUUCAUCUGCGACUACAAGAAAGGUGGCGACACGACGACUUCCAUCGCCGUCGAGGACCAACCUGACUGCUUCAUGUUCUGGAUGGCCGGGAAUGUCACUCCAACAUCGAGAGUUGUUGAUUUCUUGGAUCGUGUUCUUGACAGUUUGCAAGGGGCCGAGGCACUUGACGAGCUGCACAGAAAAGAGCUGGAGGAUAGACUGACGGAGGAUUCUGUACAGUUUGGCACUGCCAGGAUCCAGAAGGAAUGCAACAUACUACGGAAUGCAACGAGGAAAUGCCAGAUUUACUUAUCGACUACAGCGUCGAGCACCAUGACGAGUGACCUUGAAGCACUCAAAAGCUGGCUUCCCCAGUUUCGGUUCGACACCACGGCAGACGCCUUGCCUUUAUGCCAUGCUGCUUAUCGAGCUCGGGAGGAUCCUCAAAUGACAACACUACAGGUUCUCAGCCGUGAGGAUAGUGCAACCCUUGAACAUGCUAAAUCUUUCCAAGCUAUCAGGCAUUUUGUAGGGCGUUUGGCUGAGCGCAUUCGUGUACCGAAGCAGCUUGUCGAGGACGCUAGCCGUUUGGGUACACUUCUCAGCAGCUAUCAUGUGGCCGCGGUUCCUGCUCCUCAACCAGAGAUCGUCCCUCCCCCCGACGUGCAAACUACUCUCCAUUCGAUCACCAGGCGCAUUCUCAGUGCUGGAGACCCAAGGAUCGAGGAGUUCCAAGAGUUCCUCACGAGACUAGAUGAGCAGACUGGACUUGAAACCAAAGUGAGGACCAUGUAUGACAGGGGCGGCAUGCAAUCAAGGGUCCACGCGGAACUGCAAAUGUUGGAGUUUUUCCACAGAGACAAUCGUGUCUUCGUUGAGAACGACCGCUACAUAGCCUGCAGCAAGCUUGCUUGUCUCUGCUGCAAGCUUUACUUCAGACACCACCCAGGUUUCUAUGUGGAACCAGAUUCCCACCAGAAAGUAUACACGAACUGGCGCCCGAUUAUCCUCCACGAAGCGGAAGAAGACUCUCGGUUUCCAGAACAGAGAGCCCUCUUGGGAAAGGUAGGUAGGGACAUCGGCAACAUGCUCCAAGAACAUAUCGCCCUUCAACAGACGAGUGCCGUUUUACAACAGGACUCGAUAACCAACAUUACUACGUCCGAGGACAUGUCGUUUGACUCUUCCGAUUUCGAAUAUGAGUCAUUCGGAGAGUACGAGACAGAUGAAGAAACCGCCCCAGCAACCGAGGCAGGCUUGAAAGAUGACGAGGAGUCUUCUGAUAGCGAUGGAGAAUCUCAGGGAGGUGUGACAUUGUUAUAA